AUGGAUCCAACCGAAGAGGAACUCAAUAACCUCAACACCUUGGAGAAUGCAGCCGACUGGGCAGGCACGACAGGUGCGGUCCACGACCAUCUCAUGGGGAAGUUGGGCAAACCGUCCAAGCUGCGGGACCUGGUCUUCAUUGCCCGUCCUGCGUGGGAUACGGUGGUGGCCAGCCUCACGAUCAAAGAGCCUCAAGCUGAUGGUACAGAGGCCGAGCGAGACUUGACCCCUGUGGAAUUUUCACGGGUCGAGAUCUUUCGCCGGGUGGUAUUCCUGAGGCUCAAGGUCAAUCCAGAUGGACCUGGUGGUGCAGGCCCUCCACAGCCGAUUGUGGGAGCGGCCCCAUUCCCAGGCACUGGAGGAGGACAAGGUCCAUCAUCUCCGACAAGAAAGCUUAAACUGAGUAGCAUCGUAGAUCCCACACUCGAUGCAGAGAUCCUGCAAUUGGGCCAAGAAGAAAUUGCAGAGAUGUUCUCCAAGUACAAGUCCAAGUUCGGCGAUGUCCCGUCAGCAGACGUGGAACCCAGCGCUGAUCAAAUAUCAGCAAUCAAACAGCUUCUUACCAGUGGAGCUCUGCCGUACAUAGACAUGUCAAUCUUCGGGCCACACGCCAUCCGGUCGCUGCGCAGGAGUGUGUUCUCCUCCUACACCCUGAAUGCGGCGACUGGGGAGUGGUCGAAGAAAGAGAGCCCAGGUCCGGCUACUCUCCAACAAUGGGAGAAGAGCUUCAAGACCUACAAGGUGGCUAUGCUCUUGUUGGAGGCUGCAGAUGCGGAGAGACUGGAGGGCUACCUAGAACAUAUAAAGGACCUCCAUGCGCAGUUCGGACAGGAAGCAUGGGGCAUCAUAUACCGUGCAGAUGUCAGGAUGAGAAGUGAGUUCCAAGAGCGGAUCCGCAGGGCCCUGGAUGAGGACCCAAAGUAUGGGUAUACUAGGGCCUCUCCAUGGAGCUCAGUCUUUGCGGCAACGGUCAGGGAGUCGGACUUUUGGUCCAAAGAAGUGGCGACGCCAGCCACGCUCCUUCUGGCCCGUAACAAACAGCUGGCACCUGAAGAGAGCAGCUCUCAAGAGGGUCGCCCACAGAAGCGCAAGUCUCGGCAGCCAGAAGGCACGCAGAAGAAGAAGGCCAAGCGCAAGUACACAGGUGAGGACAGAUCACGCUGGGACGCAGAACAGUCAAGGUAUUCCUUGAACCGAAAAGGGAUCCAGAUCUGCCAGAAGUACAACCGAGGCGCCUGCGGAAACGGGAAGCCGCAGUCACGAUGUGAGAACAAUCGUUCACAUCAAUGUGACAAGUCCCCUGGAGGCACUCAUCGGCCGGCGGUGAAGAGACCCAGGUUAGAAGCUGCCCCGAAAAGGGCGAGCCCAGAGAAUGAAGCCGCUUCACACCACAAGAGGCCGAGGCAAGACAGAGACCGGAAGGCACCAAACCCAAGAGAGGAGGAAGAACCCGGAAGCUCAAGUGACUCCAGCUCAUCGUCCACAUCAUCAUCCACUACUGUACAAGCAGGGAGAGAGAAGAUCCCAUCAAUGCCGCUGUACGUGGACUACAAGUAUGGGGCCACCAACCUGGACCCGCAGCUGUGGGAUGACAGGCCCAGGGCCCUCCUGCUCUUCUCAGGGCGCCCGAGGGAUGGAGACCUUACCUCCUAUCUUCAUCACAUGGGAUGGAUAGUGGUGGUGGUCGACAAGCAGGGGCCAACUGCGGCAGACCUUCUGGACACGGAAGUGUGUCGCAAGAUCUUCGCGGAUAUCAGGGCUGGAGUCUUCGACGUAGUGGGCAUGGCUACACCUUGCGAAACGGUGUCCCCACUGAGGGAGAAUCCGCCGGGCCCGAGACCACUCAGGUCCCUACAACAUCCGGAUGGGCUGCCCCUCAAAAGCCUUUCCUCAGAGGAGAGAAAACAGCUCAAAGAGGCAAAUCAUCUCAUCGAAUUUUCCACACACGUGACGAGAGAAGUGAGGCGCAUCAGAGCGGCCUACUGGAUAGAAAAUCCAGACCACAAGGAGAAGCUCGACAUGUGGAAAACGAGCUGGUUCAAAGAGAUGACUGGUCACGCGCUGGUGGAAAAGGCGUUGUUUGACCAAUGCCAAUUUGGAGCAGAAACAACGAAACCCACAAGGAUUCAGACGGACUCCCUUCCCCUUGGACAGAUCAAGGGGAGGAGGUGCAACCAUCCUCCGAGGGAAUGGACCAGACCAAACGGAGAGACCUACGUUUCACCACAUGAGUCCUUGGUCCAGAGGUGGAGGACAGUCAGAGGAGAAAAGGAGCGAGCAUCCAAAGCUCUGGGUGAGUACACGCCAGCCUUGAACAAGGCCUUGGCAGAGGCGAUGGAGAAGGCGGACCUUCCCCGCGUGAUGAAGCAUCGCGAGGGGUCGGGCGCUCCCCUAGGCUUCACCGAACCCAUUCCUCGUACGGGCAUAUUCCCCGUGGUUAAGGAGGUUGAAUGGGAAGCUGAGGACGCCUUGGAAAUUUUCCGAAAAGGGGGGAAGCCAGCGUUUCUAGCAGUGGACAUCCGCGAUGCCUUCCACAACAUUCCAUCGGGUAAAGACAGAGCAUUCACUUCAGCUGCAUUCAGGGACAAAACUGGCACACUGAAAAUUGUGGUUUAUGAUGUCCUGGUUUUCGGCUCAGUUUCAUCUCCAACUUUGCGGGGCAGAUAUGCUGCAUGGUUUGGAAGGAGGCCGGUCAUUGGACGAAGACAGCUACAAAGUCUAGCAGGCGCGUUGUCCUUCGUGGCGGGAUUGGUCCCUCUCAUGAGACCUUUCUUGAACUCCCUGUGGGCUGCACUGGCAACGAAUGACGGUCCGAAGCAGACCAGAAAUGUUGUCCAUGUGCGCCGCAUUGGGAUAGCCUUACAGUGGAUAGACGCCUUGCUGGGAGAAAAGGCAGGGCCCGUAUAUGGGACCGUCGACCCCGGGCAUCCCGAAGCAGCCGCACCAUUGGCACAGCCAGGUGUCAAGGCUUACGCUAGGGGCUCGUUAAACGACGCCAUAAGGCACGCAUCCACAGGUCCGGAAAGGUGUGCAGAACACAUCACAAAGAGAGCAAAGGCAGAUACGUCCAGAGGCCCCUACGAGUCAAGGAAAUCAACGUGGUCUGCCUUGGCCAGGGCGGCGGGUUUCUCAGACCCGUUCCGUCUUUCCCCGGACCUCAUCAACACGGUGAUGGGAGCGAUGGACAUGGCCGGCUAUAGAUCAGCAGAGCUAUACAUGGACACAGCCAAGCAGAUACACAUUGAGAGAGGACUGGAUUGGACAGCACAGCUCGCCCAGGCCUCUGGGCAAGCCAGAAGGGCAUGCCAAAGGGGCCGAGGGCCAGCCAAACAGGCGCAACCUUUGCCGAUGAUCGAGCUAGCGAAGCUGAAAGUUCACAAGGACCCAGCAGCUCCUGGAGGACCAAUUUUCCCGAUGAGGUCCGUCAUGUUGGCAUCCUGGUGGCUCCUUCGUGAAAUCGAGGCAAGCUCGGCAGAGAGGUCGCACAUCGAAAUCGACAAGGUCCAAAGACUUAUCCACUGGAAGCUUCCAUCCAGUAAGGCGGAUUGGCAGGCCUUGGGCGCAACUCGAACGCAUUCUUGUAAUUGCGAACAGAAUGCCCGGCAGCCAGAGUGUCCAUACCAUGCCAUGGUGGAGCACCUAGAGGCAGUGGGAGCUAUCAGCGAUCGCUGGGUUUUCCCAUCAGCCACAGGUGAGCAGUCAUCCAAAUGCGGAUGGGCCGACACCAUGCAAUGCAUGGCACAGCAGCUGAAUCUUCCUACUCACACAGACACUGGGGCAAGGAGAUUCACCGGACACAGCGCUCGGGCAACUAGCGCAGUGUACCUGGCACAGACCCA